UGGAGCAAACCAGCCCUGCAGCCACCCCAAGCACCACCACCGACACCACCACCACCACCACCCCAACUACUACUGACACAACUACAACUACCACAGCUACAACCACCACCACCACAACCACCACCACCACCACCACCACAACCACCACCACGGCCGCCACCACCGCCGUCAGCACCACGGCAGCUGCAGAGAGGGCUCCGGCAGCCACCACAAAGCAGGAGUUGGCCACCAAUGGAUCGUCCAUAUGGGACAUAAGAGCUAUGGCUAAUAGUAACUGGGCAAACAUCACCUGGAGCCACAAUUACUCUGCAGGAACUGACUUUGUGGUUAAGUAUAUCACCAGUAACAACACAGAGAGAUCUAUCCCUGUUAAAGCUCAGACCCCUUCCUCUGUGCAGCUGGCGGAUCUGACGCCGGGGAUGAUGUACAAGCUGUGGGUGUUCCCCAUAUGGUCUAGCCCCAGCGAGCACUCGUACAUAACCUUUACCACCAGCUCAGCCUACACCAAGAACCAGGUGGACAUCGCCACGCAGGGCUGGUUCAUCGGGCUCAUGUGUGCCAUCGCCCUGCUCGUGCUCAUCCUGCUCAUCGUCUGCUUCAUCAAGAGGAGCAGGGGGGGCAAAUACCCAGUCCGAGACAAUAAAGAUGAGCAUCUAAAUCCCGAGGACAAGAACGUGGAAGAUGGAUCCUUUGACUACAGGUCUCUUGAAAGCGAUGAAGACAACAAACCUCUUCCCAACAGCCAGACGUCGCUGGACGGGACGAUAAAGCAGCAGGAGAGCGACGACAGCCUGGUGGACUACGGAGAGGGGGGAGAGGGGCAGUUCAACGAGGACGGCUCCUUCAUCGGCCAGUACACGGUGAAGAAGGACAAGGAGGAGACCGAAGGCAACGAGAGCUCCGAGGCCACGUCCCCAGUCAACGCUAUCUACUCGUUGGCAUAGCCCGGUGCCCGGGGAACACCGACAGCCGGACGGGGCCCGCAGGGGGGUGGGGGUUCCACGGGAGCCGCCGCCACCCCCCCCCCUCGAUGUGGGAAUGUGAGAAUGGAACCCUGGAACGACGACAGCAACAACAACAAAAAAACAAAACAAAACAAAAAAAAAAGGG